UCACCUUUUUCCUACGCCAAUGAUAGACAGCACCACCUCCCGGCAGUCACCACUCACCACCACCCCUGUCAACCUGUCAUCAACCACUCCACUUCGACGAUCCAUCCACACUCCCCAGUCCCCUCACCCUCACACCUCACACAGCCCACAGGUUGGCUCUCAUGGCCAUGCAUGAUCCACCCUGACGUCGCCAACCACCAGGUUAACGUGAACCUGCCCUGCCCAUCUCCAUGCGGCAAGAUCCUGUCCAUCUUCCCCAGCGGAAUAAAGAAAAAAAACACAGCCGAGAACAGCAUGUGAGCGCACGCGCGGAGCCAGCCAGCGCCGUGUGUGUGUGAGCAUCGCCGAUUCGUCGUCCUCGGCGCGCCCGGGCCUGUCCCCAUCACGGCACGGCUCGGCGCCACCACCACCACCACCACUCCAUUCCAUACGCCUCCGUCCAAGCUAUAUAGCCCCCGCGCCACCGUAGACCUCUUCCCCCAUCUGCUAGCUGGCCGGCCGGGCGACUACCUAGUGGAACCAACGCCAGCUCGCCAGCCCGCCUCGCCCCAAGGCCCGUCCUCGAUCGACGGGGGUCCAUGGACGCCCGCGGCUACGGCGGCGGCGCCGCCGCCGCGGCCAUGAGCGUCGGCGAGGAGGCGGCGCGGCUGUGGGCGGAGCUGCCCGUGCGCGUGGACUGGGCGGCGGUGGCGGCGCAAUGCGCGUGGGCGGCGGCGCGCGCGCGGGCGCUACUGGUGGUGCCGGCGGUGCGGGCGCUGGUGUACCUGUCGCUGGCCAUGACGGUGAUGAUCCUGGUGGAGAAGCUCUUCGUCUGCGCCGUGUGCCUCGCCGUGCGCGCGCUCCGGCUGGGCCCCGCCCGGCGGUACCGCUGGGAGCCCAUCGCCGCCGCCGCGGGCGACGUGGAGGCCGGCGCCGGCGCCGCCGCCAGGUACCCCGUGGUGCUGGUGCAGAUCCCCAUGUACAACGAGCGGGAGGUGUACAAGCUGUCGAUCGGCGCGGCGUGCGCGCUGGAGUGGCCGGCGGAGCGCGUCGUCAUCCAGGUGCUGGACGACUCCACGGACCCCGUUGUAAAGGAUUUGGUGGAGAUGGAGUGCCACAGAUGGAUGAGCAAAGGCGUGAACAUAAAGUACGAGGUCAGGGGGAACCGGAAGGGGUACAAGGCUGGCGCGCUCAAGGAAGGAUUGAAGCAUGACUACGUCAAAGACUGCCAGUACAUUGCCAUGUUUGAUGCCGACUUCCAGCCUGAGUCCGAUUUUCUCCUCCGGACUAUUCCGUUCCUCGUGCACAACCCGGAGAUCGCCCUCGUCCAGGCUCGCUGGAAAUUCGUCAAUUCUGAUGAGUGUCUGCUGACAAGAUUCCAAGAAAUGUCGUUGGAUUACCAUUUCAAGUAUGAGCAAGAGGCGGGGUCAUCAGUGUACUCAUUCUUUGGCUUUAAUGGGACAGCUGGUGUUUGGAGGAUUUCAGCAAUCAAUGAUGCCGGGGGCUGGAAGGACCGGACAACAGUGGAGGAUAUGGACCUGGCUGUCCGCACGAUGCUUCGGGGGUGGAAAUUCGUUUACGUCGGUGACAUAAAAGUCAAGAGUGAGCUACCUAGCACAUUCAAGGCAUACAGGUUUCAGCAGCACAGGUGGUCAUGUGGACCGGCAAACCUGUUCAAGAAAAUGAUGGUAGAGAUUUUAGAAAACAAGAAAGUGUCAUUGUGGAGUAAAAUUCACCUGUGGUACGAUUUCUUCUUCGUCGGGAAGGUUGCUGCUCAUACAGUGACAUUCAUCUAUUACUGCUUCGCCAUCCCUGUGUCAGUUUUGUUCCCUGAGAUUCAAAUCCCGCUCUGGGGGGUUGUCUAUAUCCCAACAGUUAUCACCCUCUUGAAGGCUCUUGGCACACCUAGUUCAUUUCACCUGGUGAUCCUCUGGGUCCUGUUUGAGAAUGUCAUGUCGCUGCACCGGAUUAAAGCUGCAGUAAGUGGUCUUCUGGAUGCUGGAGGACGAGUCAAUGAGUGGGUUGUCACCGAAAAAUUAGGUGACGCCAACAAGACAAAGCCUAGCAGCAAUGGAUCAGAUUCUAUAAAGGUGAUAGAUGUAAAGCUAACAGAGCCCCUUGUACCGAAGAUCGUAAAGAAGCGGACAAGAUUCUGGGAGGGGUACCACUGCUCAGAACUUUUCGUUGGAAUCUGCAUAAUUCUGUGUGGUUGCUAUGACGUGGUUUACGCGAAGAAGGGAUACUACAUUUUCCUCUUCCUUCAAGGCACAGCUUUCCUUGUUGCUGGCUUUGGGUAUGUCGGCACACGACCUCCUUCCACUGCAUAAGCUGUCUUGGACAAAACUGAUAUAACCGCUUACAAAAAAUUGAGUGCAAGCAAAGCCCCUCUCUCCUGCACAUAUCGACUAUAGAAUACAAUGGUAACGGAACAUUUUUUCCCAUCAAUCUCGGCCAGAUAUGAUCCAACCAUUCCUUUUUACUGCCAAGAAGGUCCUAGAUAUAGCAUUGGCAUACUUCCCAUCAGUCAUGGUCAGAUUUGAUCCAACCAUUCUUUAGUGCCAAGAUUCAGAUACCGCUGUCAUCCUUCAAUUCCCUGCGGACUCUGAUCUUGUUCAGUUUUGAUUCAAAUAUUCGUUACUGCCAAGAAGGCCAUUCAGAUAGUAUCUGUCAUUCUAAUUGUAUAAUAACAGUGCUUACUGAAGCACCCUGAAAAUAAAAAUGAUUGGUGCAGCAGCAUUUGGUUCAGAUCCUGUAGAGGUGCAUUUCAGAGUUGGAAGAAUUGCAACAGUUGUAAAUGUAAUAGCACCAGCUGGCAAUUUCUGUAGAUCUCUGAAAUUGUAGUUUUGUUUUUGGCAAUUUAGUGAUAUAGCUUUGUCAGAGUUCAGAUUCAUAAGGGAAGAUCGUUGGCUUCCUCAGUUCAUAACCCGUGCAGGCUUAAUACUUAAAUGUACAUUGUUUCUUAAUUGCCAUAAUUCUGUCGAACUCUGGCAGAUCUUGAAAUGCAUUAUUGCACUGCAAGUGUAGCAUGUAAAUUUUGUUAUGUAAGAAGCUAAAGACGACGCCUUCUGAACAGACAUUUUACUUGCUGCGACACA